ACGAGCAAACAAAGAAUAGGCUAGUACUAAAAAGUCUAUUAGUAGCUUGACUUGCAAGUAGCGUUACUUAUAAUAGUUGUGGUUUAGAUUUAGACUUACAGUGCCUAUUGUAGAGAUGUAGUAUUCCCUUGUUCGUUGACAUUUAGCAUAGAAUAUAUUAUAGACAUUACUGGAUGCGUAUGCACGAGAAUUACCGUAGAAUAUUUACCGUAGAAUCGGUGGGCAGUGGAUUUAUAUAAAAGGAAAUGAAUUCUGAACUGUAUUCAACGAAGUCUGCGUGCUUAGCAGUUGGAGUAUUUGCGACAAUUCUCUACCUGAAUACGAUUGGGCUGGGAUUUUGUUUUGACGAUGAUCCAGCUAUUGUCCGGAACAAGGACUUGCGUUCCUCCACGCCAUGGACAACUCUUCUCCAGAAUGAUUUCUGGGGCACUCCAAUGUGGAAGGAGGGCAGCCACAAGUCGUACAGACCUUUGACAGUGCUGACCUUUCGCCUUAAUUAUGCUAUUCACCAGCUGAGCAGCAGCGGAUAUCAUUUGGUUAAUGCCAUUAUUCAUGGCCUGGCAUCAGCACUGUUUGUAACAUUCUCAGACGUCACGUUCGAAAAGACCUCGACAAGUUUGAUGGCCGGUCUUGUGUUUGCAGCACACCCCAUUCACACAGAAGCAGUUGCUGGUCUUGUCGGUCGAGCAGAAGGUCUCUGUGCUAUCUUCUUCAUGCUUGCAUUUUUGGCAUACGUCAAGGCUGUGAAGAAGAACUCAACAGAUUGGAAGUUGUUUCUGCUAUGCAUACUGUUCACCAUCCUGUCCGUGCUCUGCAAAGAGCUUGGAGUGACUGUCAUCGGUGUCUGUUUGGCGUAUGACCUUCUGGCUCUGCAACAAGCAUCUUUGCCCGUAUUGAUACAGCUGGCGCAAUCUGGACAGCUAUGGAAAAGGCUCCGUGCAUUCUCAGCACGACUUGCUGUGAUACUAGCAGCAGCGAUGGGCAUCAUGGCACUGCGCCUUCACAUUAUGAAGAACAUUCCUACUUUCCUGCCGUUUGACAACCCAGCAGCGUUUCAGUCCAGUCCAGUGCGCCAGCUCACCAACCUCUACCUUGUAUUUGUUAAUGCAUGGCUUCUGUUGUGCCCUGCGGGUCUGUUGGCUGAUUGGAGCAUGGGCACUAUACCGCUUGUACAAGGCUUCUCGGACCAAAGGAACUUGCUAACUCUAUUGACGUUUACCGUCUUGGCACUGAUCGGGUUCAGUGCUAUUCUUGGCACUCGACGCAGGAAUCGCAUUCUUGUUUUGGCCAUCUCUAUACUAGUGAUACCUUUCAUUCCUGCCAGCAACCUUUUCUUCUCAGUGGGAUUUACCGUGGCUGAGCGUAUCCUCUACAUCCCCAGCAUGGGAUUCUCUCUGCUACUGGGACUUGCGUUUGAGAAUCUCCUCCAUAGAAAGAUUACUGGCAAGCUGGUCCGUGUAGGAUUUCUUGGACUUCUUGUCCUUUUCAGUGCGAAGACAUUCGUCCGUAAUUACCAGUGGGAUAGUGAUUUCACCAUCUUCUCUGCGGCGUUGAGAGUAACUCAAAGCAAUGCGAAGGUGUACAGCAACAUAGGUCACUAUUAUCAGUUUCGCCAGCAACCAGAGUUAGCAGACAAGUACUUUUCGCAGAGUGUAAUUGUUCAGCCCAAUGACGUUGGUGCAUGGAUGAAUGUAGCAGAGAACAGCCUAGUCUUAAAAGACCGGAAGCGUUGUAUUGAGGUAUGUGCUGGUUGGCUACUCAUCCGCUCAAUCAUUGGAGGCCGUGUUUGCCUGUGCCUGUAUUUUGCCGUUGUCAGCAGGCUAGAAUGUGCUGGCAAGAACCCUAGACAAAGAUUCGCCAGCAAAUCUCUUAUGUUUGUAGUUACUUGAUGAACAUUACCGUAAUGUUGAUGUGAUGCAGUGUCGUAGUUGAAGAUUGCGCAAGGACUGCUAGCAGUCUGAUGUGGAAUCUGAGUUGCACAAGGAGUGGAGGCAGAGAAUGUGACAGUGCGGUUGGCCUAAUUCGCUCCUAAAAAUCAUAGCAAUUCUAAUUUAAUUUUUCCAACUCCGGUGCCGUAUUGCUCAACUCCAGACCUCCGUUGGCCUGCUUCGGAGCUCUUGACUCAUGUGACAGUGUGGGACGGUAUGAGUCUAUCCACAGACAUUACUGACAACUG